GUUCAUCUGCUUUAAAAAUUUGCUUUUUUCACAUUUUGUAAAAUAAACCUGGAUUAAAAUGGCAAAUCCUAUUAUACAUAACGUCCGACGACAACAUGCAAGUAUUAACACAGUGUACCAUGCUCUUUAUGGACACUAUUUCCUUGGCAUUUCGAAAAGAGAAUUGGCUACAAUCUACGGGAAAGCUGUUUCAACAAUCUACGAUUGGGUUUUACGGUACGAACGUGAUGGAGUGUUCCGGAGGAAACAACGUGACCGUAUUUACAGAAAAUUCAACAUCGAAAAGAGAGAAUGGGUCGUGAACCUCUACCGGAAUGAACCAAUCCUAUUUCUCGAUGAAGCCAAGCAAAGAUUUCAACAUCAUUUUCAAAUUUCCAUCAGUGUUUCUUCAAUUUGCACUAACUUUCAUGAAUCAGGGCUUAGCUGGAAAACGAUAGAACGGAGAGCAAUACAAAUCCGAGACUCUGAGAUAAUUAGAUUCGUUCAGGAAAUGCUCUCCAUUCAAUGGGACUUAUAUAAUUUAGUUUUUCUGGAUGAAGUUUCCUUUGAUAACAAGGACAUGCUACGCAGGAAGGGAUAUGGAGUGGUUGGACAAAAACUGAUCUACCGUGGAGAGUUUUCUAGGAAACCAAGAGUGUCUUUUCUAUGUUUUCUCGGAUUAGGUGGAAUGCUGGAUAGUUUUUGGACAGAAGGAACUUUCAACAGAAGGAAAUUUUUUGAAUGCUGCCGUACGUUUGCGUUGAAUAAUAAUCUCGUUCAAAACUAUCCAGGGUUCCACUCAAUCUGGAUUCUAGAUGGCGCCCGCAUACAUUGCGACCCACACAUUAUCCGCUAUCUAAGAUCUAUUGGCAUCAUUCCCAUAUUCCUUCCUGCGUACUGUCCUUUUUUCAAUCCCAUUGAAAUUGUUUUCGGUUUAAUUAAAAGACAUCUACAGAGAUAUCACCAAGAAAAUGCAUCGAUAUUGGAGGAAGUUUGUGAAGGAAUGAACUACUUUAAAGUUUAUCCCUGCCACAAGCUUUUCGAAAAUUGUGGGUACAUGUCUGGAGGUGUGUUCAUUCCUGAAAAAGGCUUGAGCCAAGACCCAAAAUACAUGGACUUUAAUGUAUUUCCAAGAUAGGUUUUCAAAUAAAAUUAUAAUUUAUUUAUGUAAAACGUUUAAUGUUUUUAUUUCAUUAAAACAAAAUGGAAGAAGGUAAAAAAGCCAUUAAGAUUCGCUUAUCAAAAGCUGCGAAAGAAAGA